GGCUUGGUGGCAGUGGUGGGGCCGGUCGGGACGGUCCGGGCACAUUCCUGGGCGCGGGCACUGCCAGCCAGUCGGGGUCCUGCAGCUUGGGGACUGCAGCAGAACCAGGGGACGUCGGAGGCGACCCCAAGAUGAACCUCCUGGCACAGGUAGCUGGGGAGCCACCAAGGAGGCCACCGCACCCCAAAACCAUGGUGUCACCCUGGGGUCCUGACACCCUGCACCGUCUGUGCUGAGUUUGGGGGCCAGGGGACGUGGGUGCAUGGGGAGGGUGUUGAGGUGGGAUGGGUGCCACCAGGAUUGGUGACACCAGGGUGGCUCUGGUCCCGCUCUCUCCCCCCAGGUGAGCUCCAUGCUGCAGACCCUGCAGGACAAGGUCCCCCCAUUCCUCCAGCCCUGGCACUGGCUGCGCUCCUGGGUGCGGAAGGUUGGGUCCCAGUGCCACCAGGGUGACCGUGAGUAUUUAUCCUUCCAGGUGAGCAGCUCCACGCAGGCAGUGGCAGGAGUGGCGAGCACGGCAGCAUUCUUCCUCUGUGAGGGGCUGCUCGGUCAACACUUUGACGUUGUGCCCAACGGGGUGGCAGAGCCUCAGCCUGGGGACCUCUUCCUCUUCCCACUGGCCUCAGGUGGCCCUGGCUGGUGGGGUGCCCACGCCGGUGUCUAUUGUGGCAAUGGGGAGAUCAUCCACCUGGAAGGCACCUUAGGAACGUCCCCAACAGGGAUCGUGGCCAAGCACAGUAAGAGUCACCUCCUGCGGACACGGGGCCCUGCCAAGGUGCUGCGGAUGAAGCGGGGGCUGGAUGCAGCCACCCUGCAGCAGCGGGUCCAGGCAGCCAUGGACAUGGUGCUGGAGUACGAUGCUGUCACCUGCAACUGUGUCCACUUUGCUCUUGCCCUGCUGGGGCUGGGCCAGCUCGCUGGGGACAUGAUGUCCCCAGAGCUGCAGUGAAGAAGGCGGUGAUGCGACCUGGGAAGCACGCAGGGCUGGAGCAUUCUUCCUGGGCCACCAGCGGGAUGUGGGAUAAAGGCUGAAGGGUGUGGGGUACGGGAUGUGGGGUGUGGGAUGUGGGGUGCAGGAUGGGCACAGGGUGAGGAUGUGGGUGCUGGCAUGUGCCCGCAGCUUUUCAAUAAAAGGUUGCAUGUGAAAGCCUGCACCACUGCAGCAUGAGGACACCACAGCAACUUGUCUGUCGUGGGUACAAAUGCUGGCUUUAAGCUCCUCAGCCACCGCCUGUCCCAGCAGGAGGUGCCCAGCACCAGUUUUGAGCUUUUCCACUUUUGCUUUCCCUUCUCAGAAGCCCAACGCCUCCACCAACACCACCCCUUCCUGCCUUCCAAGAAGGGAGUGGCUGCUUCCUGGUGUCCCCUGCAGAUAAAUUCACCUCUGUCCCUCAGAUUGCUGCCUUCUGCCUGGAGGAGAGAGGGUAGAGGAGCCCCG